AUGACACACCCCCGCGGGGUGAUUUGGUCCAGCCCGCGACUCUCCCCGCCGGCCCGCCCGGAUGGUGCCGCCCACUCGGGGCUCGCCGCACGCAGCGGGAAGAUGGCGGCGCCCAGGGCGGCGUGGGACGGGAGAAACGAGCCUUGGAACCGGCUGGACGUGCCCUGGCCCGCGAACAGCGCCGCGGUGCCGCUGGCAGGCCAGCACCCCGCAGUGGGGUUACUGUCGGCGCUGCGGCGGCGCUGCGACAUCGCCGGGAAGCGGCUGUCGGGGCCGGGCCUGGCCGCCGAGGGACGCGUCCUGCGCGCCGUGCUCUACGUGUACCACAGCCGGCUGCUCCGGCACCGGCCCUACCUGGCCCUGCAGCAGGUAGAGCAAUGUUUAAAGCGCCUAUGGAAAAUGAAUCUGGUGGGCUGCCUGGAAACUCUGGUAGGACUGAUUCCCAAGAGAAACGCAUCUAAAGCCCAGGCGGAGUGCUUGGUUCCCAGCCAGCCUAUUCUGGAAACUGUGGCUUUGAAGGUAUUGGGAGGCUGCAAGCUCAUACUACGUCUACUGGAUUGUUGCUGUAAAGCUUUUCUCUUGUCCGUUAAACACCUCUGCUCGAAGGAAUUCAUACUCCUGAAUACUGUGGCUUCAGGGCUCCUGAGCCGGCUCUGGAUCCAGUACAUGUGUGUAUUGCAGACCCUCAUGUCCUUGUACAGUGCCUUGUCAACAAUGCUUCAGCUGGUAUCUGAAACCCAGAAGACCCCUUAUAUCAAGGGUUUUACCUUCCCUUCUGAUGUUGGUGACUUCCUUGGAGUCAAUGUAUCUUUUGAAGCAAAGAAGCAAAAGGCUAAAAUGCUUACAGCAAAAAAAUCUACCAGCUGGAUGACGAAGUUCUUCCCAGCAAUGCCAGAGGCAGUAUCAAAGGUUGGGACAAAGAGAAAAUCUGAGACCCGUACAAGUGCUGUGAAAAACCGUGGCAUCCUGUGCCCUGUGGACAUUGGAGAGACAGUUGUGGUGCCCACAGCCAGGAGAGGGAAGCACCCAGGGUUUGAUGUGAAGAGCUUGCUUAGGCCAUCCAGACAUCCCACACAAGAGGGUCUGAGCAUUGCAUCAACACUUCUUCAAGCAAAGUCAUCGCCACUUUUGUCUCAGAUAGUAAAAUCACAGCACACUGGAUCUCUUGUGCAGAUGGUCCAAACAGCUGCAUCAUUUGGGGAGCUGUCAGAGGCACUCAGAAAAGCUAUUCUGUGGUGCAAAACCAACAAAUUCAAAUCAGAAGCUUAUUUUCUGCGUAACAAGUUGUUGAAAAGCAACCGGCUACACCAUGUGGAGGCUCAAGGAUGCAGCUUGAAGAAAAAGCUGCGCUGUGUGAAAACAUCUGUCUGUAAACACCUCCUGUACGGGUCCCAACACACUCGCUGGCCGAGGCAGCACCUCCAGGCACGCUGCUGCCGAAGGAGGAUCAGAUCGUCGGCGCUCUUGAAGGCAGCUCCAAAGACUGGUGGGCAAAAGCCUCCUGAGCUUUUUGGGGUCUGUGAGAACAGUGCAUCACUCAUCCUCCCAGCUUACCAAGAUGGGUCUCCAAGUCAGGAAGAACAUUCCAGCAUUGAUACAGGACAUGUCAGACUAAGCACAACAGGGACCCCUAAGCAACUGCUGCUGGAAGGAAGCCCUGGCCUUGUGUGGAAAGAACCUGCUAAGAACACAGAUAUUGAUUCUAUUUUUGCAGCAAUAGGUGUCUGAUCCUGGAUUUGAAGGAGGAAAGGGUUCAAGUCAUUCUAGUUUUUUGUUGUUUGGUGGGGUUUUUUUUUUUUUUUUGUUGUUUGUUUUUAUUUUUUAAGUAAACCCCUCUGAACCCUAAUGGUGUCUCAGUAACUCACAUUGUGAAUUCUGUUAAGAAAGUAACAACUAUUUUAUUAUGUUUUUGUAAACCAGCUUUUUUUUAAUGGCUGAUUUUUAUAUUUUUAAGGGUGUUCCAAAAAACUGAAUAGUCACCUUCCUUUUACCUACCCUUGUCCAGGAACAGUGACUUUGUUACCCAUACUCAGUGUUCCCUCUCUAUUGCCUGACCACAUGUUAAGUGCUGCUGUCAAAUCCACAGUGCAAACAGUUCCCAUCCACGGCAGAAAGGCUGCAGCUGAUCACUCACUGCUGCUUUGGACAAAAGACUUGCCAAAACCUUUCCAAGCCUUACACUCUUCCUUCUGUGCUGCUUGUAGAGGGGACAGCCUUGAUGUGCAGUAUUAUUGCUGUUUCGGCAUUUGUUAUGCUUGUUCUGAAAUGAGGAGUUAACUGAAGUUACCUCCCCAU